GAGCCUAGGAAAUUCGAAAGAAGCUCCGCCCCUCGGGAGCCUGUUCCCGGGAACCGGGAGGUUGUGGAAGAAAAGCAUCCUGCGUGGACGGUCUAAGCUGACUCGCUUCUGCUGGCUGGGCAUGGAGGAUUUGAAAGAAGAUGUCAAGUUCAUUGCCGACGAGACCUUGGACUUUGGAGGGCUGUCUCCAUCUGACAGUCACGAGGAGGAAGACCCGACGGUACUGGCGAGUGCAGAGAAACCACUUCGAAGGGGCCUCUCUCACCGGAGUAACCCGAACCCCAAUGCGGUCGCCCCUGCUCUCCAGGGUGUGAGGUUCAGUUUGGGCCCUCUCAGCCCAGAGAAGCUGGAGGAGAUCCUCGAUGAAGCCAACCGCCUGGCAGCUCAGCUGGAGGAGUGUGCCCUGCGAGAUCGUGAGCGGGCCGGGGCAGGCCCUGGGAAGCCCAGCCCCAGAGGGAAGCCCAGCCCUCGGCGGGAGACGUUUGUCCUGAAGGACAGCCCUGUCCGCGAUCUGCUGCCCACUGUGAGCUCUUGGAGCACGCCAUCCCCACGCAGCCUCGCUGGUCCCCGGAGCAGCGAGAAAAAGGGGUCAGCCAGGGCUGUUCGGGUGACAGCUGGAAAGAAGUCCCCCAGCACAAAGAAGGAAUCGCCCACUUGCAAUCUGUUCCCUGCAGCCAGGAGCCCAGCGCUCUCUCCUCUGGCACAAUCAGCUCUUCCACCCCGGCGGAAAGCUGGGCCGAGUGCACGGACCACAGCAAGCCCACCAGUCCCUGUCAGACCAGUCCUCCCUCUGCAGCCCUCCACCAGCAACUCUCAGUGUUCGUCCCGACUCCAGGGAGCGGCCGCUAGGUCUUCCAGUCGAUUACCGGUCCCCUCAGCCAUCCCCAAGCCCGCCACUCGAAUGCCACUCACUAGCCGGAGCGUGCCGCCUGGCAAAAGUGCCCUACCCCCAGAUUCUCUCUCCACCCGGAAAGGGCUUCCAAGUGCCACAGGGCACAGAGCUCCUGUUCCCCAGAGAACGAAUCUUCCAACCACCGGUGCCCCUCGAGGCAGGAUGCAGCCCCUCAGGAAAGCUGCCGUCCCUGGACCUACGAGGUAAAAAGAUCAGGCAGCAGGCACGUAUUCCGUAGAGAACCACUCCACUACCAUCUUGCCAUCGAAGACUGGACCCUCCCCCAGCAGUCCCUGACUCCAGCACAGUCUUGUCCAGGAUGGGGGGAAGAGUUAGCGCCUCCAGGGUUGAUCUCCGAAGUGGAGACCAUGGAGGAUGGGGUGGGUUGAGCUUGAGGAGACUCAAACUCCUCCUACCCCCCCUGGCUGAAAGAAGAAGAGGCAGAGGUCACUUCCCCGCGGGCAGAGUGACUUGUCUUCACGUGUGGUCAGCCCGAGAGAACUUGACCUUCUUCCCAGACCGCGGGUGAAUGGCCUGCGGAACCAGCCAGCCUUCCUGGUCUCUAGGAGAGGUCUUCCUGAAUCAUUUCCUCCACUGGAUUCUGGCCUGUUGGGAGAGGCCAGGCAGGCACCUGCCAUGCAGGGCUUCUUGCCUGUGAAUUCUGUGACUCCUCACAGGCCAAUCGAUGAUAAGGUUACUCACCAA